AUGUCACACCACAGCCAGCCCGUGUCUGUGAAGAACGUGGAAUCCACGGCGGAAGAAACUACUAUGGACUUCGAUUUUACGGCGGAUCUUCUACGAAAUCCAUGUGGAUUGCAAACCCACAAAUCUUCGACUGCUGGAAGCGAGUUUAUCUUUGACGAUGACAUCCUUGAUGGUGAAGAGAAUGAUAUGAGCGGUGUGACUGAGAUUGAUGACUUGACAGAGGUUCCCUCAAUCUCUGAUGCAAAAGAAUCUUCUGAAAUCAUUGAAAGUCGGGCAUUCACCCAUUGUUCGGCGCCUAACGAGGAACGAAGUCGUGAUGUUUUUGGUCGUUGUAUUCCCAAGUACAGGACGGCUUGGCGGAUUGUUCCCGACCAACCAUGUCUUAAUUAUAAUGUGCUUACAGCAGAAGUCAUUCCGUCGUCUGAUGUCAAGAGUGAUACCGUAGAACUUCCGGCAGAACUUGUGCUUUCGUUGGAGGAAAUGCAUUGUCGGGAACUUCAGGGAAGCCAAGAAAUUUUCAAGAAGUUAUUCUCCGGAAAGCCAAAGAAGUAUUUUCUUGGAGAUACUUUAGAGGUUGCGUCAGAUGUCUGGACACUUUUUUGGGAUCCUCACCGAAUCGAUGAUCUUACUACGUUCACUGUUCAGUCUACGAUCUGUGCUGCAUUAAAUUCUCGUCGCCGCCUUGCUUUUAUCAUAGGGAUUGGACCAAACAAGCAAGUUGUCGGUUGCGAACUAUCGCAGAAACAACGUGAAACUAUGCAUGAGGUUUUUGAAUUUUGUACCACCACUGAGUUCGUCCCACCUUUGGAUCGUGACCUUGUUAGACUCCGCUUCUUUCCUGUCUGCGAUAGCUCCGGUUGUGAAAUUCCUUCUCGAUUUAUUGCUGAAGUUUCCAUAAAUGACAAAGUUACAACGCUCUAUCAAUUGUCCUCUGGUCGAAUAUAUUAUGCGGAUGGUAGUGUAGUGGUGCGGACAAGGACCUUUAGCGAUGCAUGUCGGAUGCUUUUUUUGCGCCGCAAAGCUGAGCUUAACGAAGCUUUGAAAGAACCUUUGCGUCGCUUAAAGCGAACGCCAUGCCUUCGAGUAUAUGACGAGCUGUCAGACAGUUCCAAUCUUUCUUCGGUGGUCUAUGUACUUCUUUUAAGUCUUCCAGGGGUCGGAGGAGUACAACUUGAAGGCUCCCAAAUCGUGGAAACUUCGUCAUACGUAUACCUCGGACGUUCUAUAAACAUGGAAAACUACUUGAAGGAAGAGCUGAAUAGAAGAAUGAGAGCAGCAUGGGCUGCAUUCGCAGCCGUCAGGGAAGCUACGGACCAACUGACGGACCAAGAUCUUCGUGCCCAUCUGUUCGAAUCGUCAGUUCUUCCAGCCCUCUGUUACGCAGCGGAGACGUAA